AUGAGCGGAAUGUCAGACCCCGCAUCGAAAUCUGAAAGUAUACAUCUAUGUGAUCGAGCGCAUGAACCCGAACAUACUGUUGGACAACACGUUCUCCCUGUUCCGCUGUCGGCACGAUGGCACUGCUCAGUGGUUGUAAGAAAGUACAAUUUGUUAGGUUUUGCUCGAUUAAGAUCCCAUAAGGUUAACAACAAGCGAAUGAUUCCAACAUCCGCGCCAUCAAAUUUUUGCCUUAUUACCUAUCGCUCGCACCGCUCACAAGAGAUUGAUUAUUGCCCCAUAACAAUGACUUCGCGUACAACAUUCUAA